UUCUUUCAGAUUGAAGAUUUUAAACUAUGCAAGUCAACCGGACGACUGUGAAAGAAUUCAUCCUUAUUGGCUUUUCUCUUUAUCCAAAUAUACAGACUUUAUUAUUUAUAAUCUUCUUUUUCCUCUACCUUCUCACCCUCCUGGGAAAUCUGACUAUCAUGGGUCUCCCUUGGGUGGACAGAGCCCUUCACAUCCCUAUGUACAUCUUCCUGAGUUCACUCUCCUUUUCUGAGACCUGCUAUACGCUGAGCAUCAUCCCCAAGAUGCUGUCAGACCUGCAGUCUAAAACCAGAAGCAUGUCUGUCAUAGGCUGUGGCUUGCAGAUGUGUUUCUUCUUAGGACUUGGUGGCACCAAUUGCAUCAUCCUCACUCUAAUGGGGUAUGAUCGCUUUCUGGCCAUCUGCAACCCUCUCAGAUAUCCACUGCUUAUGACUAACAUAGCAUGUGGGCAACUUGUGGCCUCUGCGUGGGCUGGGGGUUUCUUUAUCUCUCUGAUAGAGACAGCACUAAUAUUUAGAGAAUUUUUCUGCAGUCCCAACCUUGUCAAACACUUUUUCUGUCAUAUGCGGGCAGUUGUGAGGCUAUCUUGUUUAGGCAGUAACAUCACAGAAUUAAUUGUCACAUUGAUAAAUAUUGUCACAAUAUCAGGUUUGCUGGGCACCUUCAUACUUAUUGUCCUCACUUAUGUUUUCAUCUUUUCCACUCUUCUAAGGAUCCCUUCAGCUGAAGGCAAGCAGAAAGCAUUUUCUACCUGUGCCUCCUACCUCACCGUGGUCAUAAUCCAUUUUGGUUUUGCAUCUAUUGUUUAUCUGAAACCAGAAGGUUUGAGAGGAGAUGACACACUCAUAGCUGUCCCUUACACUGUUGUUACUCCUUUCCUCAGCCCCCUCAUCUUCAGCCUCAGGAACAAAGACAUGAAGAAUGCUUUCAGAAAGGUCCUGGGGAACAUAGUGACCUACAAUAAAUGA